AUGUUGAGGCGUGAUGGAAUGGACUUGGAAUUGAUGGCUUUGGGAGCAGAGUUGGAGCCAUCGCCGGCCGAUUCCACGUCAAAGGAGCGAUGGGACGCCAUCGAGAGCGCGUGGGGGCUGACGCAGAACGGUGUCUUCGACGAUGAAGAGUGGGCGUACAUUGCGGGUGACGGCACCGGGAAGGGGCAGGCUGGCGGCGGCCGCGGCAGUAAGAGCAACGGCCGUGGCAACAAAAAGAAGGCGGGGACGGACGACCGGGUCGACCACCGGAGGUGUUUCCGGUGCAACCACCGCGGGCAUAGGAAGCCCGACUGCACCACGAAGGAGGAGGACUUCCUGGAGCAGUGCGUCACGUGUUCGGGCUUUGGGCACAACAGCGAGAAGUGUGCAACACCCACGGAGGAAGCGUGCAUGGCGGUAGUGGAGCAUGCCAAAUUCGCGGUGGUGAGUUUCGAAGAGCAGUACGACCGCGCGGAGGAACUGUGCAAGAUGGAUCCUAGUUGGGAAAAGCUGACCGAAGACGAGGAGGAAGCAAAGGUGCAGGAAGUGAUAACUGAAAGUUUCUAGGGUGGACAGGUGGUGUUGCUAAUACGGCACGGCAGGUUGGACGUAGGCCCUCCGCGCCGCUGAUUUGCGGUGGGGGGGCCGGACGAAGUCGCGCGGAGGUGGCGCGCAAGCACAGCAUGGACAGAGGGGCCAUGAAAGUCGCACAAUUGACGGUGCGCACUCCAUCUGCGGGAUAGGAGGCGGUGGAAAGCAGCGACGGUAAAGUGACCGUUGGGCAGAAUAGCCGGAGACACCAUACCAUGGAUUGACCCCGCGACGGCGUGUGGGGGGUGGGCGCCGCACUCGCUUGACGCGGGCGGUGUUUUCUCUAAGUUGCGAAGGUGGCGCGCAACCAUCAGCCGGAGGUGGGCAUUUGGGGUGGGGCACAGCGAUAUGGCGGUGUCAUCAAAGCCGCGUGGAGAGUCGCCGCGCGCAUUUCAUAAGCCGGGAAGGGACGAUGGAGAUCGGGAUCGGCAGGAUCGACUUGUGGACGAUCGAGGGCGCGCUUCAUCUUCACGAUUGGAACUGGUGGAGCGGACGGGCAAGCUUGAUAUUUUUUUUCUUGUGUUUUUCUUUUGUCGACGCCAGUUUACGGGUGUCGGUGAAAUCCGAAUUUUUCAAGAGUUCUUGAUCUUGUUUCGUUUUUCGUUUGUCGUUUCUUUUGACGGUAAUUUUUUUGGUUGCCGAAUCCAGUGGUAAUUCUCACGUAUACGUGUUGUCGUUAUACAUCGUGAUGUACGC